AUGUCUGUCAUACGUCUGAUCGGAAGCAGGAUACGGGCUAAUAAAAUGUAUAAGCGGAUGACUUUUCGAUAUUUAGUGGUGGCGAUUAUCAUCUACGUGUUUGUGACAAUACUUUACUACCAGGACUCGCUUCCGGAUAGCAUUGUAUCCAACGGAAGAAAAGUUUGGACAUCUGGUCCCCUGGAAUUCAGUCCAGAUCGAUAUUAUUUCAAACUGUUUGAUGCUCUGAGUAAAUACGAACCGCUUCCUCGACCCGAUAUCAAGGAAAUGAGGGGCGAGGCAGGAUGUCAUGAAGGUGACAUUUCAGGCGCAUCCAGCGAGGAAGUGUUAAGAAAAGCAUCUUACCAAAAUUUGGAUAGUUGCAUGCAUCCGCCAAAUGAGCUGCUGGAUGACUUGAAGAAAAAGCACACACAGUUUGUGGAGAAGAUGCAUUUGAAUUUACAAGUGUCCCCAGAGGACGUUAAAAAGCUAUGGCCAAACGAGAGAGGUAUUGUCACCAUCGGUGGGGGGAGAUUCUCCGUUAUCUCAAUUUCAAUGUUGGAGACCCUGAGAGAAAUGAAUUCUACGUUACCUGUAGAAGUGAUAGUACCACCGGAAGAUGAAGGUGAUGAUGAUUACUGUGAUAACGUACUGCCGAAAUUGAAUGCCAAGUGCGUUUUUUUUUCAGAUGUUUUACCGCAAGACUUGAUCAGUAAAUUAAAAAUUGAGAGAUAUCAAUAUAAAUUGAUUGGGCUUUUGAUAUCAAGUUUUCGCGAGGUUUUAUUCUUAGAUGCGGACAGUUUGCCAUUAGAAAAUAUUGAUCGUGUGUUUGAUAAGCCGUUGUUUAAAGAGAAGGGAUUGAUUCUAUGGCCGGAUAUGUGGAGACGUGCGACUACUCCAGCAUUUUAUAAGGUUGCCGGGAUUGAAUAUGAUUUAUCCACCAGAGUAAGAUACAUGGGUGAUGAUAUUUCACCUAUUUCAAGAUACGAGGAUACAUCUUCCAAGCCGGAUUACAAAACUGAAGUACCCAUGCACGAUCUAGAAGGUUUUAUACCUGACCUAAGUUCCGAAUCUGGUCAACUGCUGAUGAAUAAAGUUGAACAUCUGUCAACAUUGAUCUUAGCGACCUACUACAAUGUUCAUUCUCGUUGGUACUACAGAAUGCUGUCGCAAGGUACCUCGGGUGAAGGCGAUAAAGAGACUUUCGUUGCAGCUGCGUAUGCCUUGAACAUGACAUAUUACCAAGUAAAAACAAAACUGACGCUCGACGGCUAUAGAGACCACAAUGCGGACUACCAUGGUAUUUCGUUAUAUCAACAUAACUUUCAGCAGGACUAUGAUCAAUACCAAAGGGCCAAGCGGUAUGUCGAAGAGAACUUGGAAGAGUUUUCUGUGUACAAUCCCAAGUACUCUUACAACUCCGAUUUCAUGGACUCUUUAAUGAAGCCAACUAAGGGUAAUAACGUUGGUGUAAUGUUCGCUCAUAUAAGCUACCACAAGUUUGAUCCGUAUGAAAUGGCCACCGAAGAUAUUCACAUGAACAAGGAUAGAGAACAUUUCAGAGCAUUCACACGCUACGAUGUUUUGAAAGGCUUUGAUCUGGAGCUGUUCAAUUAUAAAGCCUACCAAAGGUACUUGUGCAGCCCAGAUUCGCUGCCAAUCGAUUUCAAAUAUUAUCGUGAAAAGUUUAAUAAUGAAGAACGGAAUAACAUGUGCAAGUAUCUUGAUGAUCGUGUCGAAUUCCUCAACCAAACUCAUCAGGAAUAUCUAGGUAAUAGCUAG